GGCGGGGCGGAGCACGGCUCCUCCCCUCUUCCUCUCGCGUUGGUUCCGCUUGUAACGCUCUCUUCCUUGCUGCCGCUUCUGUUUGCCGCUGCUCGCGCCCGUCUCCGCUCCGGGCCGCUUGGGCGUUUUCUCUCUGCCUUAAAGUCGGGUGUCUUUUAUGAAUAAUCAAAAGCCGCAGAAGCCGACGCUAUCAGGGCAGCGUUUUAAAACUAGAAAGAGAGAUGAAAAAGAGAGGUUUGACCCUACUCAGUUCCAAGACUGUAUUAUUCAAGGUUUAACUGAAACUGGCACUGACUUGGAGGCAGUAGCAAAGUUUCUUGAUGCUUCUGGUGCAAAACUUGACUAUCGCCGCUAUGCAGAAACGCUUUUUGACAUCCUGGUGGCUGGUGGAAUGCUGGCCCCAGGUGGUACCCUGGCAGAUGACAUGACACGCACAAACGUCUGUGUAUUUGCUGCACAGGAAGACCUAGAAACCAUGCAAGCAUUUGCUCAGGUUUUUAACAAGCUAAUCAGGCGUUACAAGUACCUGGAGAAAGGCUUUGAAGAUGAAGUCAAAAAGUUGCUGCUGUUCCUGAAAGGGUUUUCAGAGUCUGAGCGGAACAAACUGGCCAUGCUGACAGGUAUUCUGCUUGCCAACGGGACGCUUAAUGCAUCAAUUCUCAACAGUCUCUACAAUGAGAACUUGGUUAAAGAAGGUGUUUCUGCAGCUUUUGCAGUCAAGCUGUUCAAAUCAUGGAUAAAUGAGAAAGAUAUUAAUGCAGUGGCUGUCAGUCUUCGUAAAGUCAAUAUGGAUAACAGGCUGAUGGAACUCUUCCCAGCCAACAAACAAAGUGUUGAACACUUUUCCAAGUACUUCACUGAAGCAGGACUGAAGGAACUUUCCGAGUAUGUUCGGAACCAGCAGACCAUAGGAGCUCGGAAAGAGCUGCAGAAAGAACUUCAGGAGCAGAUGUCUCGGGGAGAUCCGUUCAAGGAUAUAAUCUUGUACGUAAAGGAGGAGAUGAAGAAAAACAACAUCUCAGAACAGACUGUGGUAGCCAUAAUCUGGUCAAGUGUAAUGAGCACAGUGGAAUGGAACAAAAAGGAGGAGCUGGUAGCAGAGCAAGCCAUUAAGCACUUGAAGCAAUACAGCCCUCUACUUGCUGCCUUUACUACCCAAGGUCAGUCAGAGCUGACUCUUCUGUUGAAGAUUCAGGAGUAUUGUUAUGACAAUAUUCAUUUCAUGAAGGCCUUCCAGAAAAUAGUGGUGCUCUUCUAUAAAGCUGAAGUUCUGAGUGAAGAACCCAUCCUCAAGUGGUAUAAAGAUGCACAUCUUGCAAAAGGAAAGAGUGUUUUUCUGGAGCAAAUGAAAAAGUUUGUCGAAUGGCUCAAGAAUGCUGAAGAAGAGUCGGAAUCUGAAGCUGAAGAGGGUGACUGACCUGUGAAACUCUGUCCUUGGCAAAGCAAACGGGAGCUGUAGAUAAGUGUCAUGUCUCAUGUGUCCUUCUGAUUCCUACAUCCUACCUCCCUGUAUCAAGCAUGAUAUAAGGGCUCUCAUGGCAAUUUCUUUUAACUGUUUUAUAUAGUUAUUGAGAUACUGGAUUUAGUUUUUAAAACCAUGUUCUAAGUAGCUUACAGGAGCUGUUACAGAUUUGACUCUAACCUGCAUUUGUCCUUUCAGUUCUAUUCUACCUCCUGUAUUUUCUACUGUAAUAAUGUAAUUUAAGGCCUUCCACAAUGAAAUCAUUUUACUUUUUGGGUUUUCUGUCUAUAUUUGAGUACACAUGAUUAUGGUGAAUGAAAUUUAUGCCAGUUUUGUUUGUAAAUGAACCUGACAGAAGCCUCUGAAGCCAGGAGGCUGUGGCUUGUGUGGUAGCUCGGUGUGACAUGUCAGCCUGCACCAUGUGAGCCAGAUACCCUAUUCACUGGUGGUUGUCCAGCUCCCCAGGGACUUUGUCACCUCUUCCCUAUGCUUCCAGCGUAAAGCAUUCCAGCUGCUGGAUGAGGCAGCUGCCCCACUCCUGGGAAGGGAGUUCAGUGUCCUCCUGGAGAGGAGCUGUUACGGUGACAGUGAAGGGUAGUGCUGGAGGGGUAUGAUGAGUAGCAUCUCUGAACCUGCUGCCUCUCACAGCUGGUGGCCUGCACACCUGAUGGGUAGCACAGCCUGAGAGAGGUCUGGCUGCCUUACAGCUGGGCAGCAGCUCCUGGGGGAGCCUUACUGAGGCUCCCAUGGCAGUCCAAGCAAUACUGUUCCCCACACAGCCACCCAGCAGCUUUCUCGAGCCAGCCUCAAGCCAGCUUGCUUGAGUUGCUGUGUAAAUGCAUGAGUGCUGGAAGGUAAGGCAGAGAAAACUCUGUCCCCUCCCACUGAAAUUUAGUGAUUGUUUUAUGUUGGCAUUUGACAUGCUAAACCAAACAGCUUAUCUGCUCCGUGAAACUUUGCUUUCUUAAUGGAAUUUCUCAGGACAGCUCUUAAUUCAAGAAAAAUACUUGGUUAAAGAGUGAAGUCUGUACUGGUGUAAGCUAAUAAUGAGCAUUAACUGAAAUACUGGUAACCAGAGUACACCUAUGACAAAUAAAAUGAAAUGGAAAAAAUGA